GAUGGAGAGAGAGGAGGAGGAGAGAGGGAUGGAGAGAGGGGAGGAGGAGGAGGUGGUGAAUUUCAGCUACAUCCAUCCUACGAAUGGUGGAGGACACAUCCAGGACAUGGAGAAUGUCAGGGCUCACCUUCACACCCUGCUGAGACACACACACACAGAGGACAACUUCAUCUCACAUCUCUCAAGUCCCAACCUGGCCUUCAGCAGUGACACCACCUCAAACCUGCUCAGUGGGACAGCAGCCCUGGGUGGGACAGCAGCCCUGGGUGGGGCAGCAGCCCUGGGUGGAGCAGCAGCCCUGGGUGGAGCAGCAGCCCUGGGUGGAGCAGCAGGGUUGGAGGAGCUGUUUCCCUGUUACUCCUCCUCCUCCUCACACCUGCUGCUGUCGCCCCCGGAGACCACACUGCUCAGGGACAGCCUGGACCGAGAGAGGAUCAGACGCAGGCAGUGUGAGGAGCAGGUGAUGAUGUUGCAGACGAAGACCAUGGAACUCCAACAGCGAUUGGCUCUGGCUGUGUCAGCUGACAGGAAGAAGGACAUCAUGAUUGAACAACUGGACAAGACUCUAGCCAAGGUGGUGGAGGGCUGGAAGAGGCAGGAGCACCUGAGUACUGCUGGAGUGAGGAGACUACAGGAGCAGCUGACCCAGGUUCAGGGGAACCUGGAGCAGUGUGUAUCUGAGGGAGAGGAGUCUCUGAGAAGAGAGCAGAAGCGGUCUGAGGAGCUCCACAGGACCAACACACAGCUGGAGCUGCGUGUGUCAGAGCUGGAAAGAGAUGUCUAUGAAGCAAAGCGGAACAGAGACCAGGUGUGUGUGGAGAGAGACCAGGUGUGUGUGGAGAAGGAUGAGCUACAACUACAGCUAGCGGAAGCACAGGACGCUUUGUCCCGCCUCCAGCUGCAGUCAGCCAGUGAAAAGAAAGAACUGAAUGAGACGAUUGCAGAGCUGGCCAAUCAACUGCAGCAGGAAAGGGAGGGGCGCCAGCAGGACCAGCAGCGUUUGGGGGAGUCCAGGGGGGUGACAGAGGACCUUAAGGGGGAGGCGGAGGACCUGCGGGGGGAGGCAGAGGACCUGAGGAGGGAGGCGGAGGACCUGAGGGGGAGAGUGUUACAGCUCGAGGAAGAUCUGAGGGGGAGAGAUGUUGAGCGAAGCGACAGAGUUCUGGACCAGGCCAGGUUGGAAGCUCAGUGUUGUCUGCAGGAGGAGGAAAUGAAGCAGGUGACAGACUCGCUGGCAGCCUUGCAGCAUGAAUACAGCAUCCUGAGAGAACAGCACAGGAGACAGCUACUUGACCUGACCUCGCAUUAUGAGAGAGAACUUUCGUCCCAGAUACAGCAGCACCAGCAGCACACACUCACCCUCACCCAGGACUACCUGCACAGGCUACAGCAGGCACAGCAGCAGUGUGAGGAUGUAGAGCGGAGCCGAUGCAGGUUGGAGGGACAGAGGGAGGAGCUUGUUACCAGGUUACAAGACCUGCUCAGAUCUCAUUGGACAGAAGCACUACUCCUACUCAACACUCAGGCUGAACUAUCUUCUCGGUGUGAAGAACGCAAAAACUGGAACAAAAUAUCAACCUCCAGUACACACACUGAAGAGACUCAAGCUGUAGUUCUCCAUCUCUCCAGAGAACGAGGAGAUGGACAGAGG